AUGCGCACUUCAUCUCUGCUCUACAUAUUUGCUCUAACAUCGUAUGUUGUGGCUGGUGAUGUAGAUGCCAACGAUCUUCCAUCUCAGUGUCAGGACGUCUGCGCCCCAGUGGUUAGCUUGACCUCAUCCUGUGACAAGAAAACCCACGACGAUGAUACCUCCGAGCUGAAAUGCAUCUGCAAGGACCCUCGAGCAGCAAAGAGCCUACCUGAAUGCGAUGCAUGUAUCUCAAAGUACAGCAAGGAUGGAAGAGACAAUGAUGCAAAUGAUCUUGUUCGGUCUUGCUCGUUCACUACCACUGAUUAUACUGCCAUGGCCACUUCUGGUCUUGGGAACUCCACCACAUCCGCAACUACGACUGGAACUGCGUCCUCUUCGGGAAGCUCAACUGCCUCCAACGCUACUUCCACAACAUCCAAUGCCGCGGUCGGCCAGUCUGAUACAAGAAACAGUAUCAUGGGGGCAGUAUUCUUCGGUUUAAUGGCGUUCGUUGCUUAA